AUGGGCGUCAAGAGGGAUCACGCCGGGCAGACGGUGGUGCCGGGGCCGGCUGCCCCUCGCGGAAGGUUCACUACGCUGUUUGAAGGGUUCCGGGCGGAGCUGGACGAGCACUAUGACCGGAAAGAGAGGAUUGUCAAAUCAUCUAGAGACGUCACCGCCCAUAGCAAAAGAUGUACGCAGUCCUCUCGCCUUUUCUUCUUAAUCUUUGCUCUCCACAGGUCCAACGCCAUCAACGAAGAGCCCAGCCCCGCCAUACAAAAAGAGGUCAACACCCGCCUCGCCGACAUUGAGAAAUCGCUCUCCCUCAUCGCGGGAGACAUUUCGGGCCUCUACCGGUACCGCUACUACCUCCCGUGCCUCGAGGAGCUAGUCGAAGCGCUCACGUUUGCGCACUACCUGCGCACGCAGACGCUACUGACGCCGGCGGAGACGCGGGCGGCGGUGCCGUGCGGGGUGACGCUGGCGGACAAGGACUACGUGUACGGGGUAUUUGACCUCUUUGGCGAGAUGAUGCGGUUCGCCACGGCCAAGUCGCGGGCCAAGGGCGUGCUGCUGGCGGAGGAGAGCCCGCGGGGCCGGAGCACGCUGGACGACAUCCAGGCGUUGGGCUGCGCGUUCGAGACGCUGCCCAAGGUGCCGGAGAAGGCGUUUGGACAGAAGCUCGACGCGAUGCGGGCGAGCGUGCGCAAGGUGGAGGUGUUGGGGUAUAGACUGCGAUGA